GUGCAUUUCUACUUUAUACUACAACUUACAUCGGCCAACCGAUUCAAGUUUUGCUAUCCCUUUUUUUCUUUUCAGCUGCGGAAUGCAAAGACAAGUGGCGUAAUCUCCGGACAGUAUUCAUGCGAAAAAUCAAACCUUCACCUUCGGGAUCUGGCGCUAAGAAGAAGGCCUACUACCUGGCAGAGGCCAUGCAGUUUUGUUUGCCGUUUGUAAGAACAUCAGCUCCUCCUUCUACAGGAAAUUUACCAGAGGUUCCUAACUGUAGCGACGUAAAUACCGACGAAACUUUAUUGGAAUCACAAAUAUUGGAUGAUAUUCCAGAUGAUCCUUCAAUUGAAUCACCGCAAUCGCCGUCAAUAGUACAGGAUAAUACUUCCCGGUCAUCCCCAAUCAUACCAAUACAACCUCAUACCAGCUCACAGCCAUCGUCCAUUCCGAAUGAAGGUAAAAAAACGCCUAACGCAGAAGAAAAAAGCCGCUGUCGAAGCAGAUCAAUGUUUUGCUGCAUAUUUUAAGGCAAAAACAGCACGACUUGAAAAUAGUACUACCGCAAACGAUAGUAACAAGAAAGAAGCUUUGAAAAUGUUCCUUCUUAGCUUGAUACCAGAGUUGGAAGAACUCAGUGA